CUGAGCGCUAGGAUAUACAUCUCUUCCGUUGGCAUCGUUGCCUAGCCGGUGGUGUCUAUCCUUCCCUCUCCCUCCCCUCCUCCCUCUCUCUUCCGCCCGCUCUCCCUCUCCCUUUCUCUCCCCAGCCUCCUCCGUUCAAUUCUGGUGGCCAGGCCAGAAUGUGGCUCUACCGUGGCGCCCAGUCCGCUGUAUUCUACUAUGCCACCUGCACUCCCUGUGCCAACUCCCUCGAUCUCCACAAGCGCAAAAAGGAAGCCGUUCGAUCACAGCGCCAAAAGGAUAAGAUAGAUGCUAUUGUCACGGACCAACCAAGACCGCUAGCACAACCCACGGCGUUCAGUACCAAUCCAGGAUGGGCGGAGGAAAUUGCUCUAGGUCCGGGACCCCCCGCCAGAAGAGGUGGUCAUCGGGCGGCACAUCGUCGAACCGAUUCAUGGAAUACGGGCGUCUCCGCGGACUCGACGCAGGAUGUGAGCCGCACGGGUGGCUCGUCACACAAGAAGGAUAAAAGCAGUUUGAAGCAUCCGUUGGGCGAUCGGUGGAACCGCAUGCGAUAUCAGCGCGAGGACGAACCAUUAUGGGGCCAGGAUGUGGAGGUCAAGGGUUCCUCCGUCGGACUGUCAGGUGGCGGCAAGGAAGAUGCUGGCUCCACUAGCAAGUACUAUAUCGCUCGAGUGCCCCCCGUCAACGAUCUUCAUCCCCCAAUCGUGAGUGGGCCCAAGAGCCGCGCUGAGACGCGAUGGAUGCUACAACCCCCACCCAGUGCUCGGGUGAUGGCCGGCAAGGAACGCGUUGGGGACACUGUCCGCAGCAAUGACAGCAGCGCACAGCGUGCCGACGGUGACAGAAAUGUCAAGAAACCCGUCGAGCCUACCCCACAGCUACCUCCGCUAGAAACCCAAACGCCCGAAAAGAAAGUGGUUAGACCUUCUCCGCCUCGCAUGGCCCCCGACGGCUGGUAUGACCCGAGAUCCGCAGACGUGGACUCGGAAGGUGACGACGAGUUUUCUCCGCCACCAUCCCCCCGCUUGAGAUACGGACGCGAUGAGGCCAACUUCGUAAUAUCCCCAUCUCUACGCUCGCGCUCCGAUUCAUGUUCCACCCUGUCGUCGCCUGGUGAUACCGAGGUGGAGUCUCCGCGAAACUCAUUGCAUUCGCCUGGGACACCGACGUCACGGCCUGUCUCCAAAGCAACCCAUGAUAGCGGUAAACAUUUCCCUCCAACGAUCUCACAAGCCCUAUCUACCUUGCAACGUGACAACAACAAGGUUCAAUUGUUGCACUUGGAAAUCAAUGACUCGCCUGACGAUAUCGGAUUAGGUCAGCUUGAACGUCUCCGACCCUGGCGUUGGAGUAUGGAUAUAUGACCGUAAAUCCGCUCGCCCACUGUCUAUAAUCCGGGCCCUCUCUCUGGACGUUUAGCAUAUCCCCCUCCCUUCCCCUUUUUUUUAUUGCGCAUUGCUUAUCAUGGAAGCCUG